GUGGCAACACUCGUUGUUUCUGUUGUGAAUGUAUCGGUGAGGAGAGGCAUUACAAAUUCUGUGUAGGAUCCAAAAAUAUUUAAAAUGACUAAAAAAGAGCCUUUGCAGGCCGUUCAGGUCUUUGGUCGUAAGAAAACAGCCACUGCAGUAGCCCACUGCAAGCGAGGUCAUGGUCUCAUCAAGGUCAAUGGCCGCCCUCUGGAACACAUCCAGCCCAAGACUUUGCAGUUCAAGCUGCAGGAGCCAAUUCUUCUGCUCGGAAAGAACCGUUUCUCUGGCGUGGACAUGAAGGUUCGCGUCAAGGGAGGUGGUCAGACAUCGCAAAUUUAUGCCAUCAGACAAGCCAUUGCCAAGGCACUUGUGGCCUAUUACCAAAAAUACGUCGAUGAGGCCUCUAAAACCGAGAUCAAGAGCAUCCUCGUGAACUACGACAGAUCCCUGCUGGUGGCAGAUCCCAGGAGGAAGGAGCCCAAGAAGUUCGGAGGCCCCGGCGCUCGUGCCAGGUUCCAGAAGUCCUACCGUUAAGUUCGAGAGUGGGGACUUGUCAGGUGCAAUAAAUUGUGUCUGGCU